CUGUACAGAUACAAUCUCAACCGCCGCAUUCACGAUAUCAAGACCUACCCUGCUCUCUCCCCACAAGGCUCCUCCAUCGUCCUCUACGGUCACGAAAAUGGUGUCACCGUCGUCUGGCGAGGUGGCCGUCGACUGAAACCUGCCAAGACCCAACCCCCAAAAACGACACCAGGCAGCAAGCCAAACGGAUCUACAGUAGGCGCGGAUGAUGCCGUCAUGAUCUUGGACUCUGAUGACGAGGAGCCGGCGCCUGCUGCACCAGCCACUUUCGUUGACAGGCCCGAGUUUGAAAAAGAAGCAGUCGAAGAUGUGCUUGGGUAUUCCGAGAUCAUUCAGACGUUGGACCUUGCCCUUGGCACCGAUGUGUUGCACAUCGCAGUCUUGUCGUUAACACCCCGUCCUGGAGGAGAGAGCUCAGGAGAUACCGCGAUACUGUCUGACAGAAUGGUCUUCGCUAUAACAUGCGCAGCCGGCCCCGCCUACGUGAUCACAUUGCCGCUCACCCCGCCUUCACACGAUAGCAAAGCCCGCGAGGAGCUGCGUACAGAUCUUCUGGCCGGCGCCGCGGGCAAGGGCAAGUGGGGGGAGACCUUGACCCAGCUCACGGGCCAAUUCAGACACCCCGAUGGCAUUGCCAUCACUCUGGCACGCGACAGGCCGAACAGCUCUGCCUCGAGCGGCCGAUCCUCCACGCAUCUCAUCAUCGCCAUCCAAUCCAAAGACGCGUCGGGCGCACUGCGCCUAUGGGAUGUUCCCCUCGAGCAGCAGCAAACCGACAACACACCCCUCGAGCCUUUCCAGACCGAGUUUCUCCCGAGCCCGCUGACCGGCAUUGCCUUCAAUCCGAGUCCAUCGCACCCGACCCAGCUCCUUGCCGUGGCGUCUCCACACGCUGUUCGUAUCUACGACUAUUCGACAUCACCUACCCCGCAAGACGACCUUUCCGAAGGGCCUUGGCCUGCGCACGGCUCAUGGCUGAUCUCUCUCUACGCCCCGUUCAUACGUGGCAGUGUCUCGUGCGCAAGAAAGCCGAUCGUCGGUGCCAACUGGAUCUCGCAUGGAAGAGCAAUCAUGGCCUUGAUGGCAGACGGGCAAUGGGGAAUAUGGGAUGUCGAGGGCGCAGGGCCCUUGGGCAAUGCAAAUAGCGACUCGACAUCUCUGUUUGGGAAACAAAGUACUGCCUUGCGUGGGGCCGCCCUCACAGCCUUCAACGCAUCGGGACAACUGGAAGGCUCGAGUCCGCUUCGAACAGCAGGCUCGCACGGUGACAGUUUUGAGUCCAACAAUGACUUCAGUGCGAGCGGUCGUCGGAGCUCCCUGUUGUCUGUGUUCGCCACUGGGCCAGAGCGACUUGCCUCUGUCAAGGGUGGCGUGGAGGUCGCACGACUGCCCAGCUCGCGAGACCUAGUUUCUGGUGAGGAGAGCGUGGUGCUCUGGAUCAGUGGUUCUGACGCUCUUGUCUGCGUCGUUCCUGUCGUUGCCAAGUUCUGGGACACGCAGAUCCGGCGCAGUGCUGGCGGUGGUGUCAAUCUCUUCAGCGGUGCGCAGCCAUCACGCAUGGUGCGUCUUACAGAGCUCAAUGCGGGCCUUCUUGGCGAGCGGCUAUGCGGCGUAGAUGCAGUGCCCAAGUCCCAACGUCGCCAGCCCGCUGCGUCAGACGGUCUGUAUGAAGCCCCGGCAAAUGGAAGCACGGGCCUGCCUGUUGAGGUCCUUGUCCGCGGCGAGAGCAGGCUCGUGGUGGUGCAGGACUACCAAGACAUCGAUACGGCACCAUUGCGACACCCCACCCAGAAGAAGAGACUUGUGCUCGCCAACAAGCCCGUGGAUCCUGUCAAUGCCAUCAUUGUCCACCAGCGACCCGAUGCGCCGAAACUGCCCCACACGUUCGAGAACCUCAGCAUACGCCCUAGUACACGUGGGAGUGUGCAAGCACAGUCCACGAGGUUGUUUAGUGAGAGCUUCAGCCAGCCGCAUGACAACAUGGAUGACGAGGCCAUGGAUCACCAGCCUGCACCCAUGAGCCUCCCGUCCCGGCCACGUAAUAUGGGCCUCGAGUUCAUGGAUGACCUGGAUGCCGCAGCGGACGCCGGCUACGAGUUAGAUGCCGAGGAUCGCGACGUCGAGAACGAAAUCAUGGACCUUAUGGAGCUUGACUCUCACCUGGAGCAGAUGGAAGAGGAGCGCAUGCGGGGAACAAAGCGGGUAUUCUUCGAGGAGAGUUAG